AUGAUCUCCAAGACGCGAAAUGAAAAACGGCCACAUUGGGAAAAGCCUAUGCGAUCAUCAUUUACCGUACGACGAUAUGGCCAUUUGAAGAUAAUCACCGCACUUGUAUUGAUCUUUGUUCUUUUCUAUGAGCGCUUCGUUCCCACGGCGAAGUUCGAUAUCCAUUAUCAACUGGAUUUGCAUCCUUUGGAGUGCCCGACAGCUCCGAUCACAGACGAAAUUCUUGUCGUCCUUCGCACAGGCGCAACAGAAGCUCUCGAAAAGCUACCAGUGCAUUUCGACACGACACUGAAAUGCGUUCCGAACUAUGUCAUCUACUCCGACUACGAGGGAGCAAUCCAAGGCCACAAAAUCCACGAUGUGCUAGACGAAGUCAGCUCCGACCUCAAACGCUCAGCACCCGAAUUCAAGUUAUACUCUGACCUGAAAAUCGGAGGCCGAAGCAGUCUUCUUCCCACAGAACAUUCUGGUAGUGGACCCUCCGGAUCACUAGAGAACCCCUCAUGGAAGCUCGACAAGUUCAAAUUCCUGCCAAUGGUAGAUAGGGCUUUUCGCCAUGGACCGGACGCAAAGUGGUUCGUGUUCGUAGAAGCUGACACCUACCUGAUGUGGACGAACCUCGUAGCGUACCUGGGUAAACUCGAUGCCAGCAAGGAGCUGUACAUUGGGAAGCACAUGUUCAUUGGCGACGUACUGUUCGCGCACGGCGGGUCCGGAUUUGCGCUGUCCGCCGCAGCGAUGCGCAAGGUUACGGAGCAUUGGAGAGAUAAUAUCGACGAGUAUGAUCAAUACACGACUGAGAAUUGGGCAGGCGAUAUGGUUCUGGGCAAGGUGCUUAGAGACGUUGGCGUGCAGUUAUUCUGGGCUUUUCCGCACUUCCAAGGGGAUCCGGUCUCAGCGCUCGAUCAUAAUGUGUUGAAGGUCGAGAGGAGACCUUGGUGCUAUGCUCCCAUCACUUACCAUCACAUGCGCGAUGCAGAUGUGCGACAGCUGUGGGAUUUUGAACAAGCAUGGCAACGGAAGAGGAAGGGCGCGUUGUCCCAUCGAGUCGUUUUCAAGGAAUUUAUCCUGCCGAGACUUGCUACGAGACACGACAAUUGGGACAAUCUAUCUGUCAAUCUCGAGCCAGGCAAUACGACAUCCUUGGAUGACUGUCGUGCUUUGUGUCAGACCAAGGCCACUUGCUUGCAGUACAAGUACGCUACCAACUCAUGUUUUACAUCAGAUGAGGUUCGGUUCGGUGAGGAAGCAUGGAAAUCAUGUCUGGAGUAUUCGGUCGCAGCCAGCAAAUGCGUUCGCUGGCAGGAUGGGACACAAGAAACAGAUGAAGUUCAAUCAGGUUGGAUGUUAGAUCGUCUACCACAAUACGUUGACAAGAUGGACAGCUUGUGUGACGGAGCGGAAGAUGUGAAAUGGGUUGUAUGA